AGCUGGUGGAGAAGAUGACUUUGAGAUGUUUUUGGCUAGUGUGAGAGCAAGAUCACUGAAGACUAGGGCACAAAACUCAGUAACAGAUAGUCCUAGCACUUCCAGUAGCACACAGACUAAAGAUAGAUCUCACACUGAAGGCUCCUCAAUAGAUCUGGAAUGGGAACAUGAAGCAGGCAUGCAGUCUGUAGUUAACAAGCCCAAGAGGUCGAUGACCGAGGAAGAACUGACCAGGAUGACCGGAGCCCAGGACUCCGAGAAGACUAGCCCAGAGUCCGCAGAACUGGAAUGGGAGAAUGACUUUGUCAGUGCAGAAGAACUGGAAAAUGAACUGCUUAUUAAUGAAGAUUCAAGGACUAGUCUUGUGGACAGAUGAUAACCCUGCGAUUUUUGUCUUUCUGUCUGCAAUUUUAUUAUCCCAGCACUUGGAUUUGUUUCAUAUGUAUUGUCUAUAUAUUCAGGGAGAUUCAUGGUUUGUACUUUUUGUGAUAAUGGUGAAGGGAUCAAGAGUAUAUACUGGGCUACACCAAGAGUAAUGGUAUAUUAGUAGACAGAAUUUGCUCAAUGAUGAACGUUAGAUUAUAUCACUGUAGUUAAGAUACUGUAAAAAGAGGGAUUUCAAAGAAAAACUUACUCAUUGCAAUUCCAGACUGUCAUUUGAUUAGAAGAUUUCUUUAAAUAAGAUCGUUGAUAUUCAUGUUAAUAUUUAAUAUUUUAAGUUAUAGCUAGUUUGUAAGUGGUAGUAAUUCUUUUUGACAUUGUGAGCAAAGCUCAUCACUGAUUGUUAAGUCAUAUGAACUUGUUACUUGUUUGUCAGAUAUUUUAAUGGUGCAAUAUCUGAAAUGCCCUUUUAUUUUUAAAUUCAAUUAAUU